AUGGCCGCCUAUAAACUGUGUAAAAGUCUUCUUGGAAGCGCCAGCUGCACUGUGAGGAACAUCUCAAAGCGUUUCGCAUCGAAGAUGUCGGUGAGAGAAGCGAUUUGUACAGCGAUGGACGAGGAGAUGGCACGUGAUAGCGAGGUUUUCUUACUUGGUGAAGAAGUGGCUCGUUACGGUGGAUGCUAUAAGGUAUCAUUGUAUUUGAUGAACAAGUAA